AUGGCUGCUAUUUCAGCUACUUGUAUUAGAUUUGGGACAUUUUCAGCUGCUAGGGCUGAUAAUUACCAGAUAAUCGUUAAAAAUCCGACAUUGAGCUGGGCAAGGACCGGAGACUUUCCUUACAUCAGAAAAUCAGUGCUCCAAAUUUGCGCUGCGAAGCCGGAGACAGUGGAGAAAGUGAGCAACAUUGUGAGAAAGCAGUUGGCCUUAUCACAAGAGACUCAACUCACACCUCAAACUACCUUCUCGGAGCUUGGUGCCGAUUCUCUGGACACUGUGGAAAUAGUUAUGGGGCUAGAGGAAGCGUUCGACAUCAAUGUGGAAGAAGAAAACUCGGAGAACAUAACAACGAUACAGGAAGCAGCCGACUUGAUCGAUAAACUCAUCGAGAAGAAAUGA